UAUCUAAUUCGCAUUUAAGUCCCUCAUCAUCAAAACAUUUGGAUAUAUUCAUGGACGUGAGCACACACUCUGAAAGCCCCCGCACAAAGUCCCACACACGCGGACAUACAUGCAAAUCUGAAGAAGACAAACAAACAAACACGAAUUGUGCUCCUACCAAACAUUACAUCAAAGUGUGAAUGAACGAACGAUCGGACGAAGGGAAAAGCAAAGCAAGGGCGCCUCCUAACAAGAUAAUUUGUGCAAUCCAUUAUCGACCACAAGGGAACCUUUUGAAGAUCUCAUCAUUAUUGUGGACAUUGAACUUUACCUCCGAACAAGAGAUCAGCAGCAGUAUUUUUGCCAUCCGCAUCAGUAGAUGUGCCUGAGAACUCAACGGAAGGAAAUAGACCAACGAAGCAACUACCAAAACGGCAACAACACAAAACCACCUACAACCCAAUCUACUAAUCUACCUACACGCAACUAGAAAAGACUCCCUAAGAAACCGAACGUUGUGUAAUAACUACUUCAGCAAGAAAAUAACAAUAGGAGCAAACAACAACAAAAACAUAUCGGACUACAAAAUCCCCUCCGAAUGAGUGAAUCAAAGUGCAAGUGACAUUCCGCGAAUAAUCCAAGUUCUGUGUGCCACGACCGAGCGUAAUUUCCAUAAUUGAACAGAGCCACCAAAUGUAAAGCACCAAACGAGAAAUCAACAUAUCUUUGGGUUUGCGUUCGUUCCAACGAGAGAUUCAAACGCGAAAUAAGCAAAAAGAAAAAAACUAAAAUUCGAUUAUAGUUGACCCCCUUCAGACAUCAUCUAUCAUUCGGCAACAACAAAUGCCAUCACUUGCCUUGGGAGAAUAGAAUAAAAGAAACGACAUUUUAUUCGACCAAGGGAUCACAAAAAGUAAAAAAUACAUGAAAAAUGAUACAACCUAAUACGAUUAUGACCAACAAAAAUAUUCGCACAAUAGGAAAGCAUCAUAUUAUGGACCAAUAACAAUAAGCAUUACAAAGCAAAGCAAAGGAAGCGUACAAAAAGUGCAGGACGAUAAAAAGAAAUCCACAACAAAACAGCAAAGAAAAAAACGAAACGAGCAGAAGUGUACAAAAGAAACACAAUCGAAUUAAUUUUAUUGUCAUUGCAAAACAAUACAAUCGCUCACACACUCACACACAAACACGUGUCAAACGAAGAAAAGUAUAUGAGCGAAGAAAAAACCCGCACUCAAGAAUUACAAGCAAAAUAACACUUUAAGAGCGACAUUUAUUCCCAUGCGUCAUUUGUCAUUGCAACAAUUGUAGGGCGAUAAAGCGCAGAGUCAUUGCCAACCCCAACAACACAAACAACAAAACCAUUGAGACAGAACGAUUUGUUCAAUUCGCAUUUAUUGACCUCUUGGCAAAUAGUGGUCGUUAACAUUGCCAGCCAACGAUCCAAGGGGCACGAUCAUACUGCCGACUCUACACGAAUAGGACACGAAUGCUAAACGUGUGACAAACGCCUUCGGGUUCUCCUCCACCGCACCAAUAUCAUCAUUGGUCCUGUAGCAGGAAGUACAAUUGAAGGAGCUGCCACAAAUGUUGCCCACAUUAACGCCAAUGCAUUUGCUGGAAUUACGUCUCAUCUUACUUUGCCUGCCAUCCAUUCUACUGGCCACAACACUGGAGCCAGAUCAAAAGUCAAUACUUACCGAUAGCGAUUGGAAGAAGUUAUGGAUGCGAGGAGGUAUAAAUCCCGAUUCAAGAUUCGAUAGCAACAAUUUAGAUUCCAGCGACAGUCCAAUGUUCGAAGACAGCGAAAUGAUGGCGCACAACACGACCGUCCAGUUAGGUGGAACCGCGUUUCUGGUCUGCAAAGUUUCCGGCGUGGAUAGAGUGGGUGUAAAUUGGAAUCAAAUAUCCUGGAUACGUCGUAGAGAUUGGCAUAUCCUAUCGUCGGGAGCUCAGUUGUACACAAACGAUGAACGCUUUGCUAUUCUGCAUACACCGGGAUCAAAUAUGUGGACACUGCAGAUAAAGUUUGUGCAGCGCCGGGAUCACGGCAUGUAUGAGUGUCAGGUUUCAACACCCACUGGCAUCAUAUCGCAUUUCGUUAACCUUCAAGUGGUUGUGCCAGAAGCAUUUAUUUUAGGUUCUGGCGAAUUACAUGUCGACAUGGGAUCAACAAUCAAUUUAGUUUGCAUAAUUGAAAAGAGUCCAACACCUCCGCAAUAUGUUUUUUGGCAAAAGAAUGAGCGAUUAAUUAACUACUACGAUUCCAGACGAGACAUUUCAAUUGAAACGACACCGGGUCCCCGAACCCAAAGUCGUUUAAUAAUAAGAGAACCACAGAUAUCAGACUCCGGGAAUUAUACAUGCUCUGCGAGCAACACAGAACCAGCCAGCAUAUAUGUAUUUGUGUCAAAAGGUGAUAAUAUGGCUGCAAUAUCGAGAAGAAAAACAUCAUCUGCUGAUCGUAUCGCUGCCAUUUUUAUGUACGUUGUGGCACCAUGCGUUUUGGUGAACACACUAGGAAUGCGGCGUAUCUUUCUUACUUAAGACUUUUUCGUGUAGCCAUCUCUAGAUGAAUGCAGUGUUAGUAAAUUAAAUCCUAUUUAAGUGAAAUUUACAAAUGUUAAGGUUUAAUAUUAAAAUUUAGUCAUGUAUGUACAAAACUAACUAAAAUUUAUGUAUAUUUAGCAAAUAUUGUAAUUAGUGUUUAUCUAUUGUUUAAACAGUUAGCAAAACCCUGUCACACACACACACACACACUCGUACCACUCACUUACCCACACAAACAUACAGACAUACAAACAAGGCUAAAAUAAUAAUAAAUAUAUGUAAAUUUCUAGUAAAAUACAAGCAGUGUCAAAAAUCACCACAUGUCCACAAUAGAUUUACUCAACCUAAUAAAAUAUUGAAGAAACGUAAAAAGAAUAGUAUAACUUAAUUAAUUGAAAAUUGAUUGGUUUUAUUCCAUGCUUCCAUCCAUUUCUUCUCUUCGAAAAUAUUCAUUCGGAUCUCCACUUCCAUUUCCGCCUCCCAACUAUAAACUCGUGUACAGUUCCGCAAUCCAACCGUUUCCAGAAAUGCUGUUAGCUCCGUUACCAGGCAUUCGUAUUUAAUUACAUUUAAAUAAAUUUGCCGCAUACCAUUUCAGUUGAAUAUCUUUUGUAAAUACUUUCGGUAUAAAUUUAAUCUAAGAUUUGUUUGUUUAAGUGUGUGUGUUUGCAAAAACUAAAGACAACAAAAACAACAACAACCACAACCUACAACAAGAAGAAUUUGUUCGGAUGCAUUUUUAUAAUUACAAUCUAAGUAAGUUCUAGGCAAACACUGUGACAUUGCAAAUAGGCAACUGAACAACAAUUGAAAACAAACCAAACGACCGACCGACAGACAGACAGACAGACCAACCGACCCAACAACAACCAAUCAAGAAACACGAAAACUAAAUUAAAAUUGAAAUCAUACGAACGAAAUGCAGCAUUAAUUAUGGAUAGAUAUUAAAAUGCAAGCACACAUGUAUGCAAGUGCGUGUAUAUAUGUAUGUGUGAUGUCAGCGUAUGCAAGUGUAAGGAUUUUAAUAACUAAUGCCCUAAAACUUUUGUAUGACAACAACUUUGUUGACGUUGUUGUUCGGAAAAUAUUUCGAAAUGUACUUCUAAUGGUAAUUUAAAUACCACAGAUAGAAAUUUAAAUUAAAUUGCAAAUUCAUAAAUGGAAUUAAUUUCAUAACAACAAAAAAAAACAAUGUACACACAUAUGCAUGUGUUUAUAUAUACAGACACACACAUAUUUUAAGAGAAAAUUCCGAAGCAAAGACAUUUCCAUUCCAAAUGCGCCAACCAUAACAUUAAGGCUUGGGGUUUAAUUUAAGAAUGAAUAAUGAAAAGUGAAAAUAAUAACAAAAACACAACAACAACACCAAAAAUAGAAUCUGUCAUAUUCAUAAAUAAAACUACAUUAUUUAUGCUAAUGAGAAAAUGUAAACUUGUGGAACCGAAACAAAAACCAAAACACAACAAAAAUAAAAACCAAACAAUUUAAUGGCUCGAGUGCAAAUGAUAUAUGAGCUGACACGCGAAUAUGGGCUUGGCAAACUGACAAGAGAGACAGAAAGAGAAAAAAAACACAUUUGGUUACAUAAAAUCAGCAAUCAGUGAUUUCAAGGCCAACGAAAAUUGGAGAGCUAUUUCGCUUCGUGACCUGUUGAGUGGGCAUUUAAACAUCGAUUAAAACUAAACCUAGUUCUGGUGAGAGCUUUGCAAAUAGCUAAUCCAAUUUUAUGUAGGCAAUCCCAUUUAAAUAGAAUUUUGUUUUCUCAAUACAAUAAAAAAUAUUUCAAUACGGAGAAUCUGUGACAUUUAACAACAGUUUCCGAUUAAUACUAAUUUUUAUGUAUAUUUCGUUUAGAUAGAAAAUUCUGAAAUGUCAGUAAGUCUGUGUGCUCAGGAAAAUGUUUGAUACCCAAAUAUGAUUUCAAUCGUUUAACCUACUGAGAAAUUAGUUUAUUUUAAAUACAAGACAUUCAUAAACGAUAUAACCGCAACAAUCCUGCAUUAUUUUGCAGUUACAGUACGACCAUCUCUUCAUAUUUCAAAUUUCAAGUUAUGUAAAUCGUAAAUAUUUUAUUAUAUUGAAAAAAAUGUCAAAUUUGACACAAUGUCAUGGAAAAUAUAUAAUAUGACGUAUUUGAACUUCUGAUCGAAUUUACAAAUAAGAAUAGAACUUGUAAUGUUUUAACUAACUUUUUCAGCCGUUAAUAACAAAAAUCCGUAACUUUUAAACGCAAAAUUUUCAUGGACAACGUUGUAUCUAUCGACUGGUCUUAGUGACUACUUAAUCGGUCGAUUCUCUAACAGGAAAUCGCACUAUUAAGGCAACAUUCGAUAUCAAACCACACUUGUCGUAAUUUAUGCAGUUGCUUAAGGACAAUUAUCCUUUAGUAGACAACAAAAGGAGCAUUAUAGCAGCCUUUAAAUAUUUGUACUAAAUUUUAGGGUUGACUUUUUGUAUCGGAGAUGUCAGUUUCUACAGGCGACCGUCGCAAUUCAAAUUGCUUUUCUCUCACAAGAUUUCUUGCGACAUGGCUUUUCUUAGGCAGACCGUACGACUUUAUCCUCGCCAGGCUUCUCUCAUUGCAACGAAAGUAGAGGGAGCAACUAGCUGACAGAAAUAUGACCUCUUCAAGGAGGCUGUGUCUUCUUCUACACAGGAUUCAACCUUAAAUAUAUCACUUUUAAUUGCGUUAUCAUUCAGUAAAUUUUUCUACCUUUCUCUGUGAUAAGGGAUCAAAUCGAGGUUUUGAGCAGACAUAGUUAUUUAAUUUACGGUUAAGACAAAAGUUUUUUACGGGAACCCUUUUUUACUAGUUAGCUUUUUUCCUUGUAACAGGAUACAACGGAUAGUUUUCAACUAUUCCGCUUCGACCUCAAUUACAUUCUCUCUAGGAUUUGGAAUCGGAGUUACACAUACAUCCUGAUUUCCAUCAUAGACACGUACUUAUAGUUUGCGUGUGUAAUGUGUUGAAAUGCUUAAUGUGAAUAUAUUCAUCUAGUUCUAAAUAAAUCAUUUAGCCUCUUACCUUUGACAGAAAAUGUUUUCGAAUACGAGUACCAGUCCAUUACGGAAACAUCUCAAUGUUGAGAAAAUAGAAGAAGAAAAACAUUUCAUAUUUUACACAAAACAACAAUAAAUUAAUUUGUAAAGCAUCAGAACCACGUGCCGAAUUUACACAUGUAUUCUUGCGGAUAUAUUUCAUGUUUACUGUCAUUAACAUAAAUUAUGGCGCUACAAAUCACAUGAUUUAUUUUACAUAUUUUUUACUCGCAUUCCUGUUCAACACACUCAAAUACUAUCAAUUAAUUUACGCCAUUAAUAUUUACAUCAUUAAUUAUUUAAAGCGCAUAAAAACCAGCGCAACCAGCACAAGAGUGGUUGGUGCAGAGGUCAUCGCUAUAUAUGUUUGUAUCUCUAUAAAGUGACGUCAUAGAUAUGUGUUAAUGUUUUCAGCCAUUCCUAUCUGUUACUUGAUUUGAAUUUACUUAACUCAUAUUUGUUAUUAUUGUCGAUACAUUCUAUAUUUAUUGUAUCAUUGCUGAUUAAAAAUAAUCCGGGGCUAAGGGGUUCUACCCUACAUCAUGCGACCGAAUCAACACAGCAAUAACCUUAACACAUGAGCAAUACCUCUCAUGCAUAAGGCUAUUUAAUCGAUAUCUGGUAACAAUUGUCAGGAUAGGUUAAUGGAGAUGCCUGUGAACUCGAGCAUUACGAAAGAUUCAGUUGUAUUACUGAGGGUUGAUGGAUUUGACUGGGAGACAUUUUUCAUGCAAGAACUUAUGGAUUCGCUCAAAUUCAAAAUUUAAAAUUAAAUUCGAAAAUUGGUGUAUUUAACAUUGGAUUGUAAUAUUAUUUUAAUCAAAAGAAAAUCGCUGUCCAAUUACAUUUUGAUAAAACUACUAUUCGGCAAGAAGUUAUGAGUUUUAAAGUAGCCUCACAUUGUUUCGUGUCCUUUUUUACAAAAGUCACAUCGUGACCAGAAAAACAUAGCUAAAGACAUAUUUACGGGGGUGUUAUUUAUAUGAGCAUUGUUUUUUGAAUCAAUUCAAAAUACACUAAUGUUCCAAUAAAUUGUUGUAAAAUAUUUAAUCCAUUUAUACCACAAAUUCCCUUGAUGACAUUGAAUGUCAGUAUGAAUACGGCUACAAUUAUUUCAAAUACAUUAUGUACACAUACACACACAUAUUUAUUUGUACAUGUACAUGCAUACACAUGUGCUGGCAUUCAAAUUCACGACGUACACAUAGCUAUACAUAUAAAUAUAAUAUUUAAGUAGAUACCUAAAGUGAAAUAUCAACCAUGAACAAAACUACUCGUUAAUUUUGUUGCCCAUCUGUAAUUAUCAAUUGUAAAUAUUAACAUAACCACAUGACCAUAAAAAUUCUCGAUUGCAUUAACAUGAAAUAAUCUAAAAAUAACAAAAAUGCAACCGCUCCCCAAUUCGGAACAAAUGGAAUAAAAAUAUUCAAACAAAACAAAAAAGGAAAAAAAAUAAAACACCUAUGAUCUACAAAAAGUAUCCGGAAAUAAAUUAAUUUAUUUAACUAUUUAUAUUAAACAAAACUAUGAAAUUAAAUUAUAAAAAACGAGUGUUAAAUAAAUUAUGAUGUAAUAACUUUUAAACAUUACAAAAAAAGAACAAAAGAGAAAAAAAAUUGAGAAUACAAAAAUACAU